CACACACACACACACACACACACACACAGUUUGUAAGCUGAUCUGGGACGAGACGCUUUGCUCAUUUUUGCUGAGACCCCAAUUACUUCCCCUGCCCUGUGUGUGUGUGUGUGUGUGCGUGCAUGAUUGUGAAGCAGAAAUAGAAAAUAAGCUACGAGAAUCGAAAAGAGGAUGUGUGAAACACAGUGAGGGGAAAUGCUUAGGAGGAAAUGAUGUCGAGGGCUCAGUGCUCGCUUUCGCACUGGCUGCUGUUGUCUCAGAGAGAGAGAGAGAGAGAGAGACAUACACACACACACACACACACAUAUACACACACACUCACACACCGACACACAGCACUUUUAUGACAUUGACACGGAGCCACUGCAGACCUUGCCGUGAGGACUGCAAAGCUGCAGGACCUGAGGACGUGGAGCAGGUGAAGACAGAGAGAGGGAGAGAGAAAGAGAGAGAGAGAGAAUGAUAGAAACAGAAGCAGUCCCACAAAGGAUGCUGAAUCCAUGAGUGUCUAGAGAAGGAGGCUGACAGCGAGGACUUAAACUGCAAUUGCGUUCUUCUUGGCCCUUGCUUCAUUCUAGUGCUCUUUUACAACCUGUGUUAAUUCUAUGUUAAGAAGGGAUGAACAUGAAGCCUCCUGUUCAAGAUUGUUCCAAAUGAUGAAAGCGAGCUCUCGUGUUCUAACAUGCCCAGAAUGACUUCCUGAGUCUGCUUAGUAGUGAGACACUGCUGCGCUGGAUGAAGACGCUGAUCAGGACUGUGCUGGGCAGAUAAGACGUCUGCUAAGUGAUUGAGUUAUGACUUCUCCUUUGCAGCUUGUGUGCUUACAUCAACCGUUUAGAUUCUCUGAAGCUACUCAUCAGUCAUCCCAGACCAAGAGAGGAGGUUAGUGAGGAGAGAAGAUUUAAAGGAAGAGCGAGAGACCAAGGGAGAGAGCAUACAAGUACACCAUGCAGUCAGACGACCUCUUCAUCCGCAAGUUCCGCAGACAGAGCCCACGUCCCACCCCGGUUUUUGAGCCCAAGCGGGUGGAAGUGGCUGAAUGGCCACCCAGGAGGGAGGGUGAGGGAGCAGAGGGUGAGAGUGUGACAACACCUAGCAGGGCAGGGCUUAAUCAGCGUGCAGUUGCUCGUGGCCACAUCAUGCAGCGCAGCAACAGCGAUGUCACGCUGGGAGAUCUGGACUCUGCGGCAAAGGCAGGUGCAAAAGCGGCCAGGUCGGCAAGCGAAAAGGCCGGGCAGGUGGGACAGGGCGAGUCUAAUAUAGUCCUCCACCGGGAAUAUGGGAGUCUCUCCUCAUUAGAAAAACAGAGCCGACCUCCAGAGCCCUGCAAUGAGGAGCAGACCAUUCUCAGUCCCAGUGCUCUUCGCUUUAAAGAUCCGUUCUUGCUGCUUGGACUCCAGGAGACACCGCCUGAGCCAGAUGGCUUUUUCCGCGCCCUGGAAUGCCCAAAACCGGCCAAACCCCCAAAACCUGAUGCUCUAAACAAGAAAUCAAAGCCAUCACCCCUUCAGGUCACUCCCAUACCAUGCGAUCAAACAUUCGGAGGUGCAUGGGUGCGCAACUUUGCCCAUUAUGACGUGCAGAGUAUCCUGUUUGACUUGUGUGAGGCGGCCACUAGCCGAGACAGUGUUGGCCGCAAGAAGAACAUCACCUCAGGGGCAUCUGCUGCCUCGCAGCUCAGGCCUCUUGCCCAGCCCCCACCUGCUUCACCAUCUCAGAGUUUGGGCAGUGGGACGGUAGGUACAACUAGCACAGAGGAACCAGAGCCGUGCCUGCUGGACGAAGGAGACGGCAAUGACAAUGAUUUGCUGCUCAGCUGCCCGCACUUUAGAAACGAGAUGGGAGGGGAAGAGAGGGCUGGACUGGGGAGAACCCAAUGUUGUAGCGGGCGAUGGAGGAGUCUACAAAGCCCCAAUGAUGCUGUGUCUGUAUUAGAGGAGCCUCGAGAAAGCCAUGUGCAGCAGCAGGGAAAAAGUAACUACUUCAUCGAGCAUGCAGACCUGGGGGCACGGUACUACCACAAGUACUUCUACAUGAAAGACCAUCAGAAUUUCUUCGGCAUGGAUGAGCGAUUGGGGCCGGUGGCCAUCAGUUUCCGUCGUGAGGAGAAAGAAGGCUCCAGUGGCGCUCAGUACACGUACAGGAUCAUAUUCAGGACCACAGAGCUCAAGACCCUUCGUGGUUCCAUCCUGGAAGAGUCUGUACCAUCUGCAGCGCGACACACAACCCCAAGAGGGCUUUCUCCCAAGAGACUUCUGGAGUUCAUCCUCCCUGAUCUCAACCUGCACUGUCUGAGGCUUGCCUCAACAUCUCCCAAAGUCCGUGACACACUGCUUAAGCUGGAUGAGCAAGGGCUAAAUUUCCAGCGUAAGGUAGGGGUGAUGUACUGCCGGGCGGAACAGAGUACAGAGGAAGACAUGUAUAAUAACGAGAGUGCCGGGCCGGCGUUCGACGAGUUCCUGGACCUGCUGGGAGAGAGAGUGAGACUGAAGGGCUGGGAGAAAUACAGAGCACAGCUCGACACCAAGACGGAUUCCACCGGGACACACUCUCUUUACACACGUUAUCAAGAUUAUGAGAUCAUGUUCCAUGUGUCCACCAUGCUCCCAUACACAGCCAACAACACACAACAGUUACUGAGGAAGAGACAUAUAGGGAACGAUAUUGUGACAAUAGUCUUCCAGGAGCCAGGGGCAAUGCCGUUCACCCCCAAAACCAUCCGCUCUCACUUCCAGCACGUGUUUAUCAUCGUCCAAGUGCACGAGCCCUGCACGGAAAACACCUACUAUCGAGUUGCUGUUACUCGCUCCAAGGACAUCCCUCUUUUUGGCCCACUUUUCCCCAAAGGUGCUCGCUUUCCACGUUCGCAGGCUUUCCGCGACUUCCUGCUCGCCAAGGCCAUAAACGCUGAAAAUGCAGCUGAGAAAUCAGAGAAGUUCCGCUCAAUGGCCACACGUACGCGUCAGGAAUACCUAAAGGACUUAGCAGAGAACUACGUCACCACCACGCCUAUAGAUUCAUCCACCAAGUUUCCCCUGCUUUCCCUGGGAGGCAAACGUAAAGACAAGCUCAAGGGUGCUAAAGGAGCAGAGCUUCACAGUGCCGGCGCCCUGGUAUGGGCCGUCUACGCCAGCCAGGAUGACGACGGACACAAACUGGCCUGCCUGCUGGGCGUCUCAGCCGAAUCUGUGGUGCUGAUUGAGCGCUGCAGCAAGCGGGUCGUCUUUAACUGCUCGUGCCGUGAUGUGAUUGGGUGGAAGGCAGUGACCGAGACCGGCAUCAAGGGUGGGCCUUGUCUGGAUAUUUUCUACGAGAGGGGCGAGGCCGUCUCGAUUACAGUGUCAGAGAGCCAGAUGGAGGAUAUUAAAGAGGUGGUGCAGAGGCUUGAGCUGGUGACACGAGGUUGUGAGGCCCGGGAAAUCACCCCUCUGAGGGACAACACGGGCCAGCCGGGCUUCCUGAUGAGUGCAGAGGGCUUCGUGACGGAGCUGCAGCGCUUCGGUUAUGCCGAGAGUGGAGGCCUACAGCUGGGCGCUCGUGUGGUGAGACUCUGCGGCCACACAUUCGUCCACCUCAGCCAGGACGAGAGAACGAGGCUGCUGCGUACGGCACCCAAAAUACACAUCACCGUGAUCCCACCCGACGGGAACGGCAAACCUCGCAGGAGCUUUUCUGAGCUCUAUCAGAAGUCCAUCCAAGAUGCAGAAAGCAAGUCUGGCGAGGACCACUCGGGCGAGGCCUGGGUCCUAGACGAACGAGACGAAGAGGAGGAUGGGAGUGAGGAGGAGGGGACAGAGGGGGAGCGGGAGCAGGGCGAAGGGGAGGAGUCCGAUAGCGUGACCCAAUCAGACAGGAGGGAUGAAGAGGAGGGUAGAACUCCAGGCAUGAGUGGCUUGCUCUCUCCACCCAGCCUGCCUCUUCUCAGAGCUACAUCACUGCAGGACAAUCCUCCAUCCCAGGCGCUGGAAAUCACUCCCUCCUCUCUCACACGCAGCUACUCACUCGAGAGAACCCUGCCCUAUCAGGACAUCUGUGAUGGUCAUGUGUAUGAUAACGUCGGGGUGAAGCUGAACAGUCAUAUCUACGAGAAUCCCGGAGAGCUGAUCGACACGACUCCUGACCUCAUACUGGCUGUCAAACCAAAAGUUCCACUCCAGGAAGAGGGACAGGUUGGGAUAGAUGUGCUGAGUGAGGAGAGACCAUCAGGGAGCGAGGCACCCCUUCACUCAGCAUGUAUGGAGAGGAACUCCAGAGCGGAGAGGAACUCCAGAGCACUGAGCAUCCAUAACUCCAUCACCAAGAUUCUUUCAGAAACAACAGAUUCGUCAGAGGAGGAAUGGCAGUCUAUUUCUGACAUCGCCACAGCAUGCAAGAAUAUAUUAGAAGCCCUAUCACGAGAAGAUCGAAAGGCUGGUGAUGGCACUCAGGCAGCAGCUGACACAGUGACGCAGACAGAUGCCAAGUUCAAAGAUAUUAAAGACAGUGACUCACCCAGUCAUCUGGAAGAGAAGGUGUCCCAGUUGGAGGCCAUGCUGAAACGACUACAGGAUGACCUCCAAAAGGAGAAAGAGGACAAAGCCAUGCUGCAGGCAGAGGUGCAGAGUCUGAGACAGAACAACCAGCGGCUGCAGGAGGAGUCGCAGAGCACCGUGGCGCGUCUCAUCAAAGUCACUGAGCUGCUGUGCAAUGUCAACAAACCCUGCUAGUAGAACAGGCCAGCGAGAUACACCCAGACCAAUGAAGAUCAGCAACAAAUGCUAGCAAGAUGCCAGCAAAGCAAUCCAGACAGACCUGCAGGACCCAGAGCCCAUGCAUAGACUUAUAUAGACCACUGAGGAAUGACACAAACGUUAGCAAGAUGUAAGCAAAGUAAUCUAGACAGAGCUGUAAAACCCAGACCUCAGACACUGAAUCAUAUAGACGGCUGAGGAAUGACAAAAAAAAUUAGCAAAUGUUACCAUGCUAGCACAGCAAGUCAUCCAGUGCUACUUGAAGGAUAGUCCUAGAUUCAAACCUUGGAAGAUGUUGGCAUACUAGCACUGAAGACCAUCGAUAAGAACACACCAAACGUUAGCUAGCAAAGGAAGACUUCAUCUAGCUGUAAGGUCAGUAUAUACACACUUAUGUGCAAGCCUCAAAUAGAUAUAAAAACAAUCAAUGACACCUAGCAUCCUAUGUAGAAAAGCAUUGCCUUUUGAACUUAUUUAGUUUCCUCUGUCAGUGAGGUACAGCCUAUUGGCAGUACUAAAUAAAAUUCAUCACCAGUGCUAAUAUUACAGAAAUUAGUCUAAGCUUCUUUGCUAACUUGCAUUUUACAGAACCAAGAGCAAUACCUUGAGAUAGUUUAUCAUCUCACAUUCUCAUUAGGCUUUUCAGAUCCUGCUAGUACCAAGAAGAACCAGUCUUGUUGAAAGUGAGACCAUAAUGGGCAAGACAGAAAGGCACUGACAUUAUUGUAAGCCACAGCAGAGCACAAUCUUAACGGCAUGAUUCCUGUCUAGCAAGGCCAGACCCCAGAGGGUCAGUACUCGCGCCUAAAAUGCUACCAUUUCUAAUGCUGAAUAAAAGUUAGUGGUGUCCCUUUAGCAUGAUGAGCCAGCAGUAGCUUUCAUUCAUUGUUAGAGAAGUUAGCAUUUUUGGAAUGUGGCUUAGACUUCCUCUACAGAUUUUGACAAAUCCACAGGACAUUGAUGAAAGAUAGAUGUUUAAAAACAUGGCUAAGAGAUUGCCUUCAGGUUUUUUUUUUCUGCACCAGGUUAAUCUCCUAGCUCAAUACAAUAUGCUCCAUAUACAGUGCCAGUCUCACUCUCAGUAUUAGGAAAAUUCCUGUUCACUGCUUUUGAAAAACUUGGGGCAUGUGAUAUUUUGAUUAGUGUGUGUCUGCGGUUAUUGUGACUUUUAGUUAUUUUGUAAGUCCCUGUUUUCAAACAACUGGAAAAAGUGAUCUCAGAACUCUGUAAUUAUUAUAGAAGACCAAGGAAGUUUGUCGAAUUUAGAUACGUUUCAGCACUGACUUUGUGGUGUUUAAUUCAUAUACUAUACACACAGACAUUGAAGUUAUAAGGAAUAACAUAAGGGGUGACAUUUAUUCAGAGCAGAAACUCAACCUCGACUCCUUUUUCUACAUCAUCGACAAAUUCUGCAAGCCUCAUAUUGAAGGACUGGCCUCUUUUUUCUAAUUUAAUGUAAUGUGAUGACUAUUCAAACAACUACUUGCAAAAAAAAAAAAAAAAAAAGAUUCAAACUGAGUAGGUGGAACUGUUGAUGCUAGCUCUGUAGCUGGAAGGAAACCGAACCUGAAACUCCACCUGCUGGACAUGAAGGGAACUGCAUUACAUCGUAACACUGGAAUAUGGUGUUUGACCGCAAUCGGAAACUUUGACUUGAAAUAGAUUGGAUUCCUGCAUCUAAUUAUAAGACUGAGCCAGUUUUUUUAUAUAUAUAUAUAUAAUGAUGAAGUCUGGUCACUGUAUUCAAAGAUGUUUGUAAAAACCAGUGAUUCAUCGAUAGCUGGGUUUAAUAAGUGACUUCUGGCUGAAGAAGGAAACACCUCCACUCCUGUGUGUGCUGAGAACUGGGACAUGUAUGUAUUUACGACUUCUUCUCAUCCACCUCUUGCCUCGUGAAGGUCCAGUAAUGGUGACAUCACAGUGUGUGUGGAAUUUUGGCUCUGGAGAAAUCAGAUCGUACCGUCAAUCAAGGCGUCAGUUAAAAGUCACCUUGAAAAACUUAAGUCACAAACACACACACAGCCAGAACCCGGUCAAUAUUACUGUAUGUUGUACAUAGUCUUUUAUCUUGCUCUUGUAAUUUUUGAUUUUAUUUUAGCGUCACUGUGAUAAGCCGGUACCAGCAGAUUCUCAUAUAUGAAGAUUAAAUUAUAUCUUUAUGUCUACGUGAUGUACAGCCAAACUGUUUCAGUGUUACUUCCAUCUGAAACGUUCAGCACUUCAGCAUCCUCAAACUAAAUCUGGCCAGUUUCUGGUCAACUGUGAUCAGUGUGCUUAAAAAUACACAACGGGUUUAAACUCCACUCAUCUCGGUUGUGAGUGAAAUGUUUGGGUUUUUUUUCAGUAUCAUGACCAGUCGUUAAGGGUUUCGACUUGUUUCUGCGUGAACGUGAACUCAAGUGUGCUCAGGCAAGUUUGAUGCAAGCAGUCUCUAGUGAUGCAUUGUGGGAUAUAUUUAGCCAAAUGUAAAUGUAAAAAGAAAUUCCUGUUCUGCUGUGUGUUGCAUAGUUUUAGAGAAUGUAAGGGGUCAUGAAGCACGCGAAUGCACCAAGCAACUUCUACUCCCCCUUCUGUAUGUGUGUAUGUAAAAAAAAAAAAAGAAAACAAAUAACUUAUUAAUCUUGCAAAUGUGGAUUUUAUUGUUUGAUGUCUUUGAACUAGAGGUGAGGGGAAGAUCAUUCUUGAACUACUGACUCGGCAGGUAUAAAGCUAUCUUAAUUUUAUUUUUAUUUAGUAGAAAUUUUAUUUUGUAAGCGCUCAAGCAUACAACAUGGCAGAGUUUAAGCACCAAUAACAAUAUCAGUUAUUAUAAAUGGAAUUGGUCCAUCCAGGUUUGUAUCCCACAAGGAUUUUGUAUGCCUUAGCAGGAAAAGCUAAAGUAAUCCUAUUGAAAGGGAUAAUGCGACGCCGUGAAGGCUGAGAUUAGGUUUUUUGGCUUUUCAUGUAUGGAAUUACUUAAUUUCCUUUUUCAGAUAGUCAAUCCACAUAUCUUGUUAUGUCUUUUUCCACCAUUAGCACCUUCUUUUUUUAAUUAUAUAAGACUCAUCCCCUGUAUGUUAUUAAUAUUAAUGUUUUAACAUACCCUUGUCAACAUCCCUACCACUUGGAAAUGUAUAUGAGCUACAAGUGGGGAAGGAAAAGUCCACCCUGAAACACAUUAAAUAUGUUUAUAUUGAAAUAUUUGUGAUGUGUUUAGUGAGUCUGGUGCUAAUUUGUUGAACGUUGCUGUCUAUUCAUUAUAACUGUGAGAAGUUAGUGGAUGUGUAUCACAGUGGGAGCAAUUACAGUGGCAUUUAAUAGAAGGGUGGAAAAUGAAACCUUUCAACUGUUAGCUCCGAAGAAUAAAGAAAAAGGGCUUAUUUUCUCACUUUCCAUUUUCCAGAGACAUUCAAUGUUGUAUUAAUGAAAAAUAUAAGUAGAAGCUUAAAGCGCUGCUGCAUCUCUCUCUUUAGGUAGAGAUGAAUUCACACUGGCACCACUAUCACCAAGCUGGGUAAUGUAGGAAAAGUGAAACAUGUUGAUGAAAGAAGUUUAAUUAAAAAAUGUCAGACCAUACAUUGAUUACUUAUAUUGAUGUGCAAGUCUUUCAGGGUGUAUUUUACCUUUAAACAGAGCAUUUUGAAGUAACUUUCUCUGUAAUUUCUACAGCACAUUUCUUCGUUCUAUUGGCUUCCUAACAAACUUGUAUAUUAACUAAAGGCCUUGAACCAUGUGCUAAUAAAUUAUUGAAACAGCUCUUAAGAUGUUGACGGGGAUCCGUUUUCAGAUUCAUCAAGGGGAAUUUAAGUUUCAAAAGCAAUUGUUUAAUGCACUUUAAGAGUUUGCACGCGCUUCAGCGUCCCUGGCAUUUUUAGAUAAAAUGAUAGUCACAGAUUAGGUGUAGGUAUGGGACCGCAAAAUGUGAAUGCAUUGCUUAUGUUGCUUUGAUCCUUUGUGGAUCAAAACUGCGCUUUCUUUUUUAUUAUUUUUUUUUUUUUACCUCAUUUUCUUAAGCUUUGUUUUCUAGCAUUUGAUUUGAUGUCAUUGUAAAUUGCAUUGUAUAUGUCCAAUAACUAACACAGCAAGGCAUUUAUUCUAGACUGUAGAAACUUGAUGGAAAAGGCUUAGAAACCACAUGCAUCUACCCGUAUAAAAUCCGUAAGCUAACACACUCGCAUACUCACUCACACCUGCACUAUGCAUACUGGCCUGUGGUCUGCACAGGGGUUUGUUAACAAGACUAAAGGCAGUGGAAUGUACAAAAAAAAACACAAAGUGGAGGUCAGUGGUUCAGCUGUGCAAGCCCUGUGUUUAUUUAACCCUGUUUGUGUGAUGGGUGUAAUGACUGAGUGUUGUUCAUCCAUGUGAACCAAAGGGAUACUGGCAAUAAAAAAGAAAAAUACAUUUAUCUGUAUAAAA